GCUUGACCAGGCCGCGUCGUCGAACUGUGGAAGGAACUGAAAGAGCGAGCUAAUCAUCAUCAUCGUGGAAGAGUUGCAGUGAAGAAGAAGACAGUCCAACUUCGUCCCCAAAAUUUCCCCAAUCCUCGUCCUCGUUUGCAGACCCAAUUCCUCAAAUCUCAGGUUGGUCGCAGGUACGAGAGAGGGAGGGAGAGGGAGAGGGAGGGAGGGAUGGAGGUGGAAUUGGAGGGGAGAGUGAAGCCGCUGGGGUACAAGGUGAAGGCAACGUCGAGGGAAUCGCCGUCGCAGAAAGCAGCCCACAUACUCGACCCUGACCUCCGCACUCACUGGUCCACCGGUACCAACACCAAGGAGUGGAUCUUACUCGAGCUCGAUGAACCUUGUCUUUUGUCACAUGUAAGGAUCUAUAAUAAGUCUGUUCUUGAAUGGGAGAUUGCAGCUGGCUUAAGAUACAAGCCGGAGACAUUUGCAAAAGUGCGUCCUCGUUGUGAAGCACCACGUAGGGAAAUGACGUACCCUACUAAUUAUACACCAUGCCGCUAUGUUCGGAUAUCAUGUUUGAGAGGAAAUCCAAUUGCCAUAUUUUUUAUUCAGUUAAUUGGAGUUCCUGUGCCUGGUCUUGAACCAGAGUUCCAACCAGUUGUCAGUCACUUGUUGCCACACAUCAUAGCCCACAAGCAAGAUGCUCAGGAUGUGCACCUUCAGCUGCUUCAAUACAUGACAUGCAGAUUGCUUCCUUUCCUUCCCCAACUUGAGGGAGACCUGAGCAGCUUUUCUGAUGCUCCUGAACCUAGCCUUCGUUUUCUUGCUAUGGUUGCGGGUCCAUUUUACCCUAUACUUCACAUUGUCAAUGAACGUGAAACGACGAAGUCUUCGUCAAAUGUCACGGAUUCUGAAGUUCCUAAAAAUAAUCAACCAUCGUCAGUGAUAACCGUCUCCUCAAAUUUUGAGCCUCGGCGAUUUCGGAGUGCAUCACCAUUAUUUAUAUCCAGCUCUACUGUUUUCCGGUCAGAUGCAGUUUUUGUGCUUCUUAGAAAGGCCUAUAAAGAUUCUGACUUGGGAACUGUCUGCAAAGCAGCUUCUGUGAUUCUGCAAAAGUUCAUCGAGCCUGCUGUAGGGCAAGAGACAUUUAACCCUUCAUGUGAUGAAGCACCGGGUUUGGAGGAUAACGCAAUGCCUGCAUUUGGCAAUCCUUUUUCCUUAACUGAUUUCUGUAGCUUAUUUGGAGAGGAAUUCCAGAUGCCUGAUGAUCGAUCAGAUUCUAGCUACCUGAGCAUUUUGGAUAUAUGGGCAGUGGAAGAAGGAAUUAUGCAUGUGCUUUAUGCCUGUGCGUCACAGCCCCAGCUUUGCAGAAAACUAGCGGAGAACUCUGUGGAGAUGUGGUCAGCUUUACCGCUUAUGCAAGCACUGUUGCCAGCCCUUCGUCCCUCCUUGAGCAGUUCUGAUCAUUAUACUGAGAGUUUUUCCCAGUGGAGACAACCGCAUGUCCAGCGAGCCUUGUCUCAGAUUGUCAUGACGACAUCUUCAUCACUGUACCGCCCAUUACUCCAUGCCACUGCUGGAUAUCUUUCGUCAUUUUCGCAGUCACAUGUUAAGGCUGCUUGUGUUUUGAUUGAUCUCUGUUCAAGCGUUUUAGCUCCAUGGAUGCCCCAAGUAAUUGCAAAGGUUGAUCUUUGCAUGGAACUUCUAGAGGACCUCUUAGGCAUAAUACAGACUUCUCGUCAUUCUCUUGCCUCUGCACGAACUUCCCUCAAAUACUUUCUUCUUGGUUUGUCUGGGCACCUGGAUGAUAUAUUGGGAAAAUACAAGGAAGUCAAGCAUAGAAUUCUCUUCCUUAUAGAGAUGCUAGAGCCUUUCCUUGAUCCCGCCAUAAGCACAUUCAAGAGCACAAUAGCUUUUGGAGAUGUGUUUCCGAAUUUUGUUGAAAAGCAGGAAAGCAAUUGUGAGACUGCCCUCAACAUCAUCCGCACAGCUGUAUGGAAGCCAGCCAUACUUCCUUCUUUGGAAUCUGAAUGGAGAUCUGGAUCGGUUGCUCCUAGUGUGCUUCUUUCAAUAUUGGAACCUCAUAUGCAGUUGCCAGCCGACAUUGACCUUUGCAAGUCUCCUGCUUCUGUUAAUGAAGUGGAAGCAACUUCCUCUUCUUUAGCCUCUGCUGUCCGACGUGGUGGAGCUUCCUCAAAGGCAAGUAGCCUGGACGACCAUGAUGGGAAGGUAGAGGUAUCUGAUGCAAUUGCUAAGGUGGAUGGGAUUGAAGAUGCAGCCAUGCUUUUUGUCCCUGAUGAACUGCGGAACAUAGCACUACUAAAUGUGUCCGUCACUCAUGAUCAGAAUACCUCAGAUGCUAAGCUAGAAGAUACCAGCUCAGAACAAAAGCAUAUAAUUGACAAAAGCUUAACUGACCAGUCCAAGAGUGGGUUUGUUUUUGAUGCAGAUUUUAAUUUGGAGUAUUUCAACUUGCAAGCAGAUUAUUUUCAACUUGCCAAUUAUAGGGAUUGUGAGCUCAGAGCUUCUGAAUUUCAACGUUUGGCUUUGGAUUUGCACUCACAGCAUGAGGUUACUGCAGAGGGUCAUGACGCUGCUAUUGAUGCUUUGCUUUUGGCGGCUGAGUGUUAUAUCAAUCCCUUUUUCAUGUCUUCCAGAUACAGCUUGAAGGUUGUCAGUGAAAUAACCAGCAGUAACAUCAAGGUUCCUGCAUGUUCUACAGUUCCAGACAUGAGGAAGCACUCUGGUGAUAUCAAUACUUUUGAAAGUAUAGCUCACCUUGAAAAGAAAAGAGACAAGAUAGUGCUGCAGUUACUACUUAAAGCUGCUGAAUUGGACAGGAACUAUCAGCGGGAAGUUUCAGAUGAUGGACAUGCAUACCAAACAGAAUUAUCUGAUGAACCAGUUGUCGAGUUAUCUCCUGAAGAUGUAGAAUCUGCUGAUGCCAUCACCUUGGCUAGACAAAACCAGGGUUUGCUGUGUAAUUUUCUGAUCCAGCGACUGCAAAGAGAGCAACAUUCAAUGCAAGAGAUUUUAAUGGAAGGUCUUCUGUUCUUGUUACACUCAUCCACCAAGCUCUGUUGUGACCCCGGUCUUGUGAUUAAUAUCAUCUUAGGUUCUGCUGAGUACUUCAAUAGUAUGCUGACCUCCUUCUAUUUUCAGUUAAAGGAAGGUAAUCUACAUUUGGAUGCUGAAAGAGUGUACGAGCUUCAAAGGCGCUGGAUAUUGCUUAAGAAAUUGGUAGUUGCCACAAGUGCUGGUACUGAAGGUUCAGAGCUCAAAAUUAGCAUCAAUAAUACCAACUGUGGAAAUUUGCUCCCACCUUCUGCGUGGAUGCAAAAAAUAUCGACAUUUUCAAUUUCUGCUUCUCCUCUUGUCCGAUUCCUUGGUUGGAUGGCAGUAUCACGCAAUGCAAAGCAAUAUGUGAAGGACCAUCUUUUCCUUGUCUCAGAUUUAACUGAGCUGACAUAUUUAUUAUCCAUUUUCUUCGAUGAUCUGUCCAUGGGAGAUAAAGUUUUUAAGAGAGAAGAUGAUGAGAUAGGUAUUGAGCAAUUAGGAGCGAAACCAGAGAAUGCAUUAGGUAAAGGGUUUGAACAAUAUGUUCAACAAAAUGGAAAUCGGUCUUUUUACGUCAUUUACCCUGAUCUCUGUAGACUUCUUCCUAAUAUGAAAAGGCAAUUUGAAUCUUUUGGAGAAAUCAUUUUGGAGGCUGUCGGCUUGCAACUCAGGUCUCUUCCUUCCACUGUACUCCCUGAUGUUUUGUGCUGGUUCUCUGAUCUUUGUUCAAAGCCAUUUUCCCAGGAAUCAAACGCUUCUCAGCUUAGUCCAACUGAAAUAAAAGGUUUUGCUGCAACAAAUGCAAAAGCAAUUAUCCUUUACAUACUUGAAGCCCUAGUAGGUGAGCAUAUGGAAGCUAUGGUAGCUGAGACACCUAGACUGGUGCAUAUGUUGGUUUCUCUUUGCAGAGCCUCGUACUGUGAUGUGCUUUUGUUAGAUUCAGUAAUGUCUCUUUUGAAGCCAAUUAUUUCAUAUUCUCUAAAGAAAGUCUCUGAUGAGUUUGCGUUAGUUGAUAAUUCGUGUCUCAGUUUUGAAUCACUGUGUUUUGAUGAGCUUUUCAAGACCAUUGGGGAGAGAAGCGACAGUGAAAUUGAUUCUUCUGUUAAAUCACAUGGAAGAGCUUUGACAAUUUUCAUACUGGCAUCUGUCUUUUCUGAUCUCUCUUUCCAGUAUAGGAGAGACAUAUUGCAGUCUUUACUCUUGUGGGUUAAUUUUACUUCUUUUGAGCCCACAUCUUCCUACCAUGACUACAUAUGUGCUUUCCAAUGUGUUAUGGACAACUGCAAGCUACUGUUGCGUCAAGCAUUACUGUUCUAUGGCGUUAUGCCACUCAAGUUAUCUUCAGAUGGUGUUAAUGCACUCUACGAUGCCGACAGAAAAUCAGUUGGCUGGUUUCUCAAUGACAUUUUGCAUGAGUCACUUACAUCUGAGGUUCCGGAUACUGGUAGCAUUAGCGGUAAACUUAAGUCGUUGUCUGUGGAGGAAAUCAAAGAGUUUGUGGAGGACAUGGACCGCCUGAUUAACAAACUUAGUCCAACACUGGAGCAAUGUUGGAUGCUUCAUCAUCGACUUACCAAGAAGUUGGUUGUUUCAUCAGCAGAAAGCUUUAUAUACUUGAGGUGCUUAUCUGCAAUUCUGCAAAACAUUCAUUUAUGUGAUGAUGGCAAAAGGGGCGACUCUCCUACCUCGGUUGCAUCAUUGAACGAGCUUCCAAUGCAUUGGAGGGUUGGUCUAGAGGGCCUUGGUGAAUUUAUUUUGGUUCUCCUAGAAAGACAUUGCUGGACAGUUGCAUCUGUGAUGGUUGACUGCCUACUUGCAGUACCACUUCUUUUGCCCAUUCAUGAUAUUGUGGGAACCCUAUGUAUAGCAAUCACAAGGUUUUCUUGCUGUGCUCCUAAACUUUCUUGGCGUUUACAAUCUGAUAAAUGGUUGACGACGUUGUUUGGUAGAAGAUUCCAUAACUUUAGUGGAAAGGAGGUUCCAGUGGUGGAGCUAUUUUGUAGGUUGCUUGGCCAUAAUGAACCCGAGCAAAGGCUGAUAGCACUUAAGCACUUGGGAAAAAUUGUUUGUCAAGACAUUGACGGAAUCUCAGUCAUGGAUUAUUCACGAUAUCAGGAUAAGUUCAUUUCUCCUAUUUCAAUUACUGAUGCUGCUGAGUCGGUUCUCCCUCUUCUGGUUUCAAGUACAUGGGAUCAUGUUGCUCUUAUGGGAUCAUCAGAUACAUCUUUGCUUCUGAGGACGCGUGCAAUGGCACUACUAGUAGAUUAUAUUCCCUUUGCUGGUCGUCAGCAGUUGCAAUGUUUUCUUGCAUCUGCUGAUGCUGUUCUAAAUGGCCUAGGGAAACUUUCAUAUCCAAUGCUUGAGAGCCCUUUCUUACAACUCUCUUUAGCACUUGUUGCAGGCGCUUGCCUGUACUCUUCAGAGGAAGAUAUAUCUUUGAUUCCUGAUAAUCUAUGGAUUGAGAUUGAGAAUCUGGGAUCUUCAAAGACUGAAGGAAGGAUUGGAUAUCUUGAGAAGCAAAUUUGCCUAGCCUUAUGUAGGUUGAGAGAUAAAGGGGUUGAGGAGAAAGAGGUCUUGAGAGAAGCUCUUUCUGCCAGUGGGUUCAAGCAACUUGAUCCUGAUUUCAGCAGCACACGUGAAGAAAUUCUUCAGGUACUCACAAAGCUGACUUCUGCUCAGUCAUAUGUAGAAGCAUUCUCUCGAAAACUACUUGAAGAAGUUGUGGAGCAAGAAGAAGCUGAAAUGGAGUUGGAAGUUCUUCAAAAUGAGAAUCGUGCAGAAGAUCAAUUUAGAGAUACCAAAGAGACCACUCGAUUUAAUUCUUCAGCUGAUUUGAUAAAGGAUGAGAAUCGUCUUCAGCAAAUCAAGAACUCUAUUCAUUCAAUUGAGAAGUCAAGGCUGCAAGAAGAAAUAAUAGCUCGCCGGCAAAAGAAACUCCUUAUGAGACACACUCGCAAGAAGUUCCUGGAAGAGGCUGCUGUACGAGAAGCAGAGUUACUGCAGGAGCUUGAUAGGGAAAAGACGACUGAGGUAGAAAAAGAGAUCGAGAGACAACGGCUGCUUGAAAUUGAGCGUGCAAGAACCAGGGAGUUGCGUUACAACCUUGAUCUGGAAAAGGAGAAGCAGGCACAGAGAGAACUUCAACAAGAAUUGGAGCAGAUUGAAUCAGGAGUACGAUCUUCAAGGCGCGAAUUUCCAUCCUCCGCUCAGUCCAGUCGCUCGCGGGAUAGAUAUCGUGAGAGGGAUAAUGGAAGGCCGGUUAAUGAAGGAAGCACUAGAGCGGGUGGUGGGAGUUUGCAGCCUGAAAAUGCUGGCAGUAGCUCAUCCAUGGGAACAAUGCAGACGGUUGUGUUGUCCGGAUCUCGUCCAUUUGCUGGGCAGCCACCCACAAUUUUGCAGUCACGUGACCGAGCAGAUGACACUGGCAGUAGUUAUGAAGAAAAUUUCGAUGGAAGCAAGGACUCGGGUGACACGGGUAGCAUUGGGGAUGGGGAGUUGGUGUCGGCAUUUGACGGGCAACCUGGUUUAUAUGGAUCUGCCCAAAGGCAUGGCUCCAGGGGGAGUAAAUCGAGGCAGACGGUGGAAAGAAGAGAACGCGAUGGCAAACGCGAAGGAAAAUGGGAAAGAAAACAUUGAUUAUUUCUAUUCUGGUUUUUCUUUAUUAGGGUAGCAUAGUGAAAGCUUUGGGUUAUGUGUCAUAGAUAAAAUAUGUUCCCUGUGGGGAAAUAUGUUCACUCUGUGUGUGUGUGU